AGGCGGAUAGGUUAUGGAGCAACGGUCUUUAGACCGCUGCUUCAUAACUUCUUGAUAACUUCUGUUUCCGGCGAGCCUUCAGGGGGCCUCAAGCUCCUAAGUGCUAUGCAUUGUCUUGUUAUCAUGCAUUUGUUGGGUAUGCAAAUCUACACUAUUUACUGGUCCUUUUAACCAUUUGACUUUCAGAGAUUCAUAGCAAUGUGUUUGUGUUUGGUAACUAAAGUGUUAAAGGGACACUCAAGUCAAAAUUUAACUUUCAUUAUUCGGAUAGAGCAUGCCAUUUUAAACAACUUUCCAAUUUACUUCCAUUAACAAAAUAUACACAGUCUUUUUAUAUUUAAACUUUUUGAGUCACAAACUCCUACUGAGCAGCAUGUGCAACAAUUCACAGAAUAAACUUAUAUGCAUUUGUGAUUGGCUGAUGGCUGUCACAUGGUACAGGGUGAGUGGAAAUAGACAUAACUUUUAAAAUUGUCAGAAAAAAAUCUAUUACUCAUUUGAAGUUCAGACUAAGUGCUGUUGCAUUGUCUUGUUAUUUUGCAUUUGUUGAUUAUGCAAAUCUACUGUGUUUACUGGUCCUUUAAGGACUUUACCCUAACCCUAACCUCACCAAUCGGGAAAUAAAAGGCCUCUCUUUAACAUAUUUUUUCCCAGUAGAAUACUUACAGUUGAUGCCCAUGACGAUGUAAACUCCCUCGGGAAACGAAUAACGAAUGAUUCAUAAAAUAUUAUCAGAUAAACCAAAAAUGCUAAAUAAUAGAUUCUUGCACAGAUCUAAAUAUUAUACUAAACCUCUAAAAUUCUGUCAAUGUGUUUUCCUUUGUUUAUGAGGAUUUUAGUGUCCUGAUUUUUGUUUUUAAUCAUUUUUUGUAUUUUGGCUAUUGAACAGGUUGGAAUUUGAAAUGUAAGAUUAUUUAAAAAUGUGCACUUUUGUGUGACGUAUUUGUCAGCAAGAAUUAUAUUUUAAAUGUAUUAAACUGUAACAUUUAUUUGUAGAUAUUUUAAGUAAAUUAUGGACCACCAAAUUCUAAGUGUUAUUUUUUCCUAUUGCAUAUUUCAGUCUUGUUGUAAGUAAUGAUGUGGUUUGGAGAGAUCAGUUCUACAAUGGGAAUAUUACAAAAGAAAGGGGAGCAGUCGUCUUACGUGUUGCCAAAUCAUGGUUUCGUAUCGGAUCACUUGAAAUAUUGACUCUUUCUCGGGAGUUUGCAUUGUUAAGGCAUUUUUCUCCAACGUGGUAUCCGAGACUGCAUACCUCAUAGCUAUGUGGAUGUCAGUAGGAUUUGCACAUGGUGUUUGCAAUACGGACAAUUUCAGUUUGUUGUCUAUCACUAUAGACUAUGGUCCAUUUGGUUUCAUGGAAAGCUAUAACCCUGAUUAUGUUCCAAACACGUCUGACGAUGAAGGACGGUAUAAAAUUGGUAACCAAGCCACUGUUGGAAUGUUUAAUCUGAACAAACUGCUUCUAGCUUUGACCCCCAUCAUGGACACCAGACAAAAACAACUGGCUGCACAAGUUCUUGAAGUAUUUCCAGCCAUGUAUUAUAGAAGGUUUACAGAGCUAUUUAGUGCCAAACUGGGAUUUCUUGACAGCAGUGAAGAGGACAUGACUUUAAUAGCAUCUUUUCUUUAUCUGAUGGAAGACACCAAGUCUGAUUUUACAAUGACAUUUCGGCAGCUUGGAGAAGUCACUCAGGACCAGUUACAGAACCUGACCAUUCCUCAGGAAUAUUGGGCUCUUCGUGAUGUUAGCCUACACAAGAAUUUUCCAGAAUGGGUGAAAAUGUACCUGCAGAGAUUAAAAAGAAAUCCUGAUGAUUCAGAGUCUAAAAGAAGACAGAGAAUGGCAA